UACGAAACUUGCUGCGACCAUGUUGACCGUAACAGGAAUCGACGACGUCGACGCAGGCAUCGGAAUGAGGAUCAUGCUCGGCCCCGUCUAAACAACGAUGAUAAUCAGAUUACACCCGAUUUCCCAUGGCAUCACGUUCUACUGGGUUCUGUUCUUGUCCCAUAUGUAACCAUCUUCGCAACCCCACUGCGACGCUUUCACCUGCGAUGUUCGCAGCAGCUGCCCUUCCCAAUUGGCAGGUACCUUUCGUUCCCGGAAUGCCUUAUAACUGGGGCCAGCGCUUAUACGAUCCCACGCCUCCGGUAGUCCCACACGAGUAUCUCGAUAGCCGGGGUUCUUCUCCUCCAGUGAUACCUGGUUGGACUCCUCCUAACCCAGUCAUUCCAGAUUUACCUGCUCCUGCGAGCCCUCCUGCAAAUCCACCAGCUCCUAACACGCCUCCAGUUGUGCCUUUCAUACCAUCUCCUUCCCCCGUAAUACCCACUCCUCCACCUCUCAGUGAAAUCGCAUUGUACUAUCAGCUUCGCCAACUACCUUAUACCUUCCUUGAAUCCUUCCAUGGGCAGAUACAUUUCCCUGCAUUGCAUUGGGACAUCAUUCAUCCUCCCAAUACUGCGCGAUUCGUAAAUGGCCCUACAGCAUUUGGGGUUGUUUUACCCAACUUUCACGCAGCUGCCUUCACACCCGACACUAUCCGUAACGUUCCAUGCACCUCGAGACACCCUAUCCUUCGGUACUGGAUGUCUCCCAGACGAUGGGGUCCUCUUGUUAUUCGUAACUUUGAUACGAUAACCGUACGGGAAGUGCUACAGCAAAUAUUCAUAUAUUUACAUACUCCAUUGACUGAGGAAGAGGUCAAUUGGAUCCACCGGACGCGUCCGAAUCGGGAUCGAUUGGAACUGGCGAAGUUUCAUAGGAAUUCUGAUGUGUUCGGAUGGCAGCCGCCCGAUGGGACGUUUUUGAGGUCCGAUCUUUUGGGUGGUCAUAGACGAUUCCGUGGCUUGGGGAUACUGCUCGAGGAUGGCGAGUGGAAGCUUUCUGUAGACUUUUUUGCAGGGCCCGUGCCUCGACUAUGGGAAAUGAUAUGACACAGUAACAAUGCCUUCUUUGCUGUCACCCAAGCUCUCACACCGCCGC